AUGAGCAAAACACAGAACUGUUUGGUGCCUUACAUUGAGCUCGAGGAUGCACCUCCCGAGGUCGCAGCGGCGAUAACUCAUUUGCCUUACCGUCGCAACAUAUUCCACCUACUCGGACACUCCCAUGGCGCCUUCCCUCGCCUGAUGAGUGUGUAUGCCUCGUUCUUCGAUGGCAAACGACGCAUCUUGCCACUUCUAGACUGGCAGCUAGUCGUGCUACGCAUCUCUGCGGUGCUAGACGCUGAGUACGAGUGGGAUGUCAACGCGCCAGUCGCACGUAUCAAUGGCAUGCCGGAGGCGGUGCUCGAAGCCUUGAAAGGCACUGUGAAGGCGGGCCCCGAGGCUGUCAUGGCAGAAAGAUCUUUCUCCGACCGCCAAAAGGCCAUAUUGAACCUUGUCGACGAGCAGCUGGCCACCUACAACAAUGAGGAGCGCACGGUCAACCAAGCCAGGGAGCUGUUAAGUGUCGAGGAGUUGGUGGAGGUCUACAUCGUUCUGGGAGUUUAUGUUCUUAUUGCUCGUAUCACAAAAGGAUUGCGCAUCGACCUUGAUGGUGAAAUCCCCGGCUUAGAAGAUCAUCUCAAGGCUGUAGUCACUGGUAAUUGA